UCACCAAACGCGGCGUCGGCUUGGGGUUGCUGACCCAAACCCAAACCCAACUCAAGGUUGGAUUUUCGUCCCUCAUACCUUCUCUCCACAUGAGCACAGGGCUUGAACCAUCCGAAAAUUGUCUACUUACCACUAUUCAUUCACGUGGCAUGAGUAGUUCUUUUUUGCAAUCAUGGGUGAGGCUUCAGAGGAUAGCGCUCCAUAUUUUGCAACCGCUAUCCUUCCUCAUUAUCACGGUCCUCUUGUCAAGAUCAACAUUAAGCCUAGCAAUCAUGAAUUCACGAUCUCGAAACAGCUGAUCUGCGCAGAAUCUGAGGUAUUUUCCGCAAUGCUCGAAGGUCAAGUCAAAGAUUGCCAGGAUAUGAUAGCAGACCUGGAAGAAAUGGAAUACGUUGUCUCGGUACGCAGUAUUCAAGCACUGAUUCAAUGGUUAUACCGUCGAAUCAUCAAUUUUGACAUUGAGGAUCCCCGAGAGCAUAUUACGGCUGCGAUGGAGCUCGUUAGACUCGCGGAUAAGUACAAUAUUGUUGGACUAAAAACCACAAUGGCCCAAUAUAUUAGGGAGAUAAUCAUCUCCAAUCCACAUCCAGAUACGGACUUCUUUGGGCCACCUGUCGACACUCACACUUAUUGGAUGGACCGUGAACAUAUCAUCUCAGCGACCUUCUUGCCUCGAGAACAUCCAGUACGACGCACAAUAGCUGCAGCCUCUGUCGCAGGGUAUCUCCGAAGCGAUGAUUACAAAUUCAUUGAAGAGACUCAUUUAUACCCUUCCUUUGCAGCUGAUUUGCUUCUUGAAGUCGGUUCAGCACUGGACAGGCCAGAAUCUAUGCCUGGAGGUGGCACUUUCGAAGACCCCAUUAGUGGAAAGAUAUUAGCGCUGGAUCGCGUGACACCAAAAAAAAAACUUCACCUGAAGGAGCAGAAGGAUCAGCAGGGGGACUAUUUUCCAGUCGGGUUGGCUCUAGGAUGGCGCUUUGUACAGCUAGAUAUCUAG